AUGAACCUGUGCCUGAACAAUAUUACGAUACCUACGAAUACCAAACUGAUCAAAGUGAUAAUAUCCAGGACAGUCUACUGUAAAUGCUUACACGACCCUGAUUAUCAUGAUGACUUUAACCGGCUAUUUAAUCUAGAAUUGAGUGACACCAAUAAUGACAUUUCAAGUAAUUACGUCGCUAGCAGUGGGGCCAUUGGUAGUCAUGAUAUUUGCGUAUUAUGUGAAAUACCGUUGGAAAUUGAAAUGCGCACAUUAUUAGCAGCCUGCCCAUCGUGCAAUAACGUUUAUUGUGCCAAUUGCGGCAAUGAAUACCAUGGUGCUUGCCAAGUUUUCAUUGAACCCAGCUAUGGAUUGGUAUGCGAAAGUCAAACCAGUGGUGACGCUGAUAUGUAUAAACGGGAAUAUGAUAGAUAUAAAUUGGAGUCUUUGGAACUCGAGAAAUGUGCACUUGAACACAGGGAAAGGGAACGUGAGAAACGUAAGGAACGGGAAGAUCGGGAAGUACGGGAACGUAAGGAACUGGAAGAAAGGGAACGUAAGGAACGGGAACUACGGGAAGAACGGGAACGUAAGGAACAAGAGGAACGGGAGAUCAAGAAACGAGAUGUAGAAAAGAGAAAAAUGCAAAAGUUACAAGAUGAUAAGGCAUCGGAGGAGUUGAUUAAAAAUUUAUUCAAAAAUUGUCCUAGUUGCAAAAGACCCAUUGAGGGUAGCCUUUAA